CAGGGAAGGCUCUCCCCGGGCAGGCUGUCCCCGGGGAGGGCCGUCAGCCCCGCCGCCAUGUCGGGGGGGCGCGGGGCUCCCCCAUGGCCGUGACGCGCGUUGCCAUGGCGACGGCCGGGCGGCGUUGGGGGGGUGGCGGGAUGACAACAAAUAUGGCGGAGAGGAGCAGGACGGCAGAGACGGGCAGUGCCAUCGGAAGUGAUGACAUCAUAGCAGGGAACGUGAGCAAGUACAUUGUUCUCCCAGCUGGUUACUGUGGACAGCCUAAAAAAGGACAUCUCAUAUUUGAUGCCUGUUUUGAAAGUGGGAACCUUGGCCGUGUGGACCACGUCACAGAGUUUGAGUAUGACCUCUUCAUUAGGCCAGACACCUGCAACCCACGCUUCCGAGUCUGGUUCAACUUCACUGUGGAAAACGUGAAGGAAUCACAGAGAGUAAUUUUCAAUGUUGUCAACUUCAGUAAAACAAAAAGCCUCUACAGAGAUGGGAUGGCUCCAAUGGUGAAAUCCACAAGCCGUCCAAAAUGGCAAAGAAUCCCCUCCAAAAACGUGUAUUACUACCGCUGCCCAGACCACAGGAAGAACUACGUCAUGUCCUUUGCUUUUUGCUUCGACCGAGAGGACGACACUUACCAGUUUGCCUACUGCUACCCCUACACCUACACUCGCCUUCAGCACUACCUGGACAACCUCCAGAGGAGGAACAUGGACUACUUCUGCAGGGAACUGCUGGGGCUCAGCGUGCAGAAACGGCGGCUUGACCUCCUGACAAUAACCAGCCCCGCAAACCUGCGUCCAGGGGCUGAACAGAAAGUGGUGUUCAUCACUGCCCGGGUCCAUCCUGGGGAAACGCCCUCUUCCUUCGUCUGCCAAGGUAUAAUUGAUUUCCUCGUCAGCCACCAUCCAAUUGCAAAAGUACUGAGAGACCAUCUGGUCUUCAAGAUUGCUCCCAUGCUCAAUCCUGAUGGAGUUUACCUAGGAAAUUACAGGUGCUCCCUGAUGGGGUUUGAUCUGAACCGGCACUGGGCGAAUCCCUCUCCGUGGGCUCAUCCCACCCUGCACGGAGUGAAGGAGCUCAUCAUCGACAUGUACAACAACCCGAAGAUUAACCUGGAGUUCUAUAUCGACAUCCAUGCCCACUCCACCAUGAUGAAUGGCUUCAUGUAUGGGAACAUCUUUGAAGAUGAGGAAAGAUUUCAGCGACAGGCUGUUUUUCCCAAGUUACUCUGUCAGAAUGCUGAAGACUUCUCUUAUUCCAGCACGUCAUUCAACAGGGAUGCUGUGAAAGCUGGGACAGGCCGGCGCUUUCUUGGCGGGCUCUUAAAUGACACAUCCUACUGCUACACCCUGGAGGUCUCCUUCUACAGCUACAUUUUGGGUGGAACUGCUUCUGCCGUGCCCUACACCGAAGAAGCCUAUAUGAAGCUUGGAAGAAAUGUGGCCAGGACAUUCUUGGAUUACUACAGGCUGAACUCCUUGGUGGAGGGACCACUAGCACCUACUCCUAAAACUAGGAAGGACAACGUGCCACACUAUAAAUGCCCUGCCCAGCGGGGCCCAGGGAACAGCCAGGCUGGAGGCAAAGCCGGGAAGAGGAGCCAGGCGCAGCUGAAGGACCUGUCUCUCUCCACGCGCUGAGGAGAGGGGACAGGAGAGGAGAGGAGAGCUGUAGGGCAAUGCGGAGCAACACGUCGCAGGCAGGAAUCAAUGAUGUUUCUCUUUUUUUUUCCCCCCCAGACAAAUAUUUCUAAGAUAACAAAUAGUCCAAGGAGCAAAGAGGGAGAGGGAAAUUAGCUAGAAAUUUUACUAUUGAUUCUUUUUUAUUUAUAGAUGGUGAAUCAAUUUCAGGGCUUUUUUUUUUUUUCUUAUCUGUUGGUGGGGUGGGGGAAAAAAAAAGAGUGAACUGAUAGAUUUGCAGAAAUCAUUUGUGGUGGCUGAAAAGCUAUUUGCUAAAAUGAGAAAGCCUCUCCUUCCUCCCCCAGUCCCCUUCUCUCUCUUUAAAGGGGUAAUCCAUACAAUGAGCUAACGAGGGAGUUCUGGGUCCUCUACUGCACCAUGUGAUGUCUCCCCUUUUAGUGUCAGGCUCAGAAGCCCUUAUGCCUACUGCAUGUGCUAGUCCUGUUAGCUUGCAUUAAGAGAGCCUGAUAAAUAGCUUCUGGGAGCCAGGCAGGUGCUCCUCAGUGUGCAGUUUAUCAUCCACUGCAUGGCUGGGCUUUCCACUCUUCUAUCAGAUCAUUUGAGGAGAGGAGUCAUAUGAGGAAUGGGGCUGUCGGGCUGCAAGCAUGACCCUUGCUGCAAGGCCUGUCCAACAGGCAGGGACAGUGGUCCUCCAUCAAAAGCUGUUUGGGGCCUAGAAAACCAGGCUUGCCAACAUGCAAUGCAUGACUGAGGCAGUGAGGAGUGGUGCUGAAAGGGGUGAACAAAUAGUGUUGUGUAAGAAACCCCAAGUGAAACCUCAGCACCACCCCAGGACACGGACAGCAUGCUGCAGUCUUGUCUCCUGCAAUGUGGAGCUCUCUGAAACAUCCAAGCUUGAUUCUCAAACUGGAGGCAAAAAAAGGGUGGCCCAGAGUCUGAAUGUCUCCCAGGGGAUGGAAAGGGAGAAUGCACUCAGAAGUGCUUCUCAACCCAUCAAAAGCUUUGGGAAGCAGCUUCUCGUCAGUCUUCUGCCAGGAGCUGGGCUGGAAUGGUAGCUUGAGGGAGAGAAGGUGCCAAGACACAGUAGGAAAGAGAGGGAAAAGAUGAAUGAGACUGAGGGUGAAAAAAGAUGAAUGAAACAUGACUGAAUGAGCUCCUCCUGGUGUGGGGUGGCCCUGAAGAAGUACUAGCCCCAGACACCGUCCUCUAGUAAAAGAAAUGUGUUGGUUGUCCCUCCUUCUUUCCCAGGACAGAAAUGCCAUGAUCUAGGAACAGAGUCAGGUGAGCUGGGUCCCACAUCCCAGUGGGAUGGGCAGCCACUGACACAUGGUUUCCAUCCAGUUUGUAUUACUGCAGCCAGGAAGAAUGAGCAGGUAUGAGUAAGGACAAAAGCUUGGCUCUGGCAUGCCUCUGAAGAAGGACAAGCUACUCAGAUCUGCCAAAACUUGAGCUGAGUGCAUCUGUGCAUUAGCCAUCCAUUACCUAGGCUUUCUUCAGUUGUUCUCUGACAAAGGGAACUUGCUUGAAAGCAAGGAGGUAUCCUGCUGGAAGGAAAAAUGAUUUAAAACACCAAGCAAACCUGUUAUUGUCCAUAUUUCAAGGUGAGAGGGUUAAACUGUGUACAUUUUUGGGCAGAAUAAAAUGCCUUCAUAUGAUGAAUUCCAAGGCAUCCAAAAGGCACAGUGCUGGCUCUGUCUCCAAAAGCAGAGUAAUGAAUAGCAGUGACAGUGUGAUAAUUAAAAUGACCUCUUGGAGAUAUGGAUUAGAAGGUACGCAGAGGGGGGAUAAGUUCUCCUUUGAAUUAAUCUAGUGCUAAUUUAUGACUAUCAUUGGUUUUUAUAGGGUUUUAGUGGAAGACUUUCAAAGUUGGUUUACUGGAGUUAAAAUGUUCUCUCCCAUGUUCAUUGCAAAAACUCUUGCAAAAUUCCUUGUUAUUUAUUUUUGGAUGUUUCUAUAUAUGCAUACAUAUAUAUAUAUAUAAUGAGAGAGUUUCAAUAUUUGCUUAGCUGCUAAAAAGCCUACUCUAGAAAUAUGAAUAAAGUGAUAAAAGCAGCUGUG